GUGGUUUGGCUUGGCACUAGAUUCUUGUAGCCGAAUAUGGAUUUGAUCAAGGCUUGGAGGUUGAGUCCUUCUGUAAGUGCAAUUCCCUCACCAUUCUGUGCUGCUCCCAUUUGUGUAAGAACUUUCUCUUUUCAGUUUUCAACUUCUCCCUACACUCGUCCAAAGCCUCUAGUUCCAAUUCCACGUGGCAAAAGGAGAGACUCUGAUUCUGAGCCGCUUCUAGAACCUUCCAUCGUGCAAGAAGUUUCAUUCGACGACGACGACGAAGAAGAAGAAGAAUUCCUUGACGAAUUUGAAUACGAUGAAGCAGCGGAUGGCGAUGAAUACUAUGAGGAAGAAGAGGAAUACGAAGAGGAGGCUGGUGUGCCUUAUGCAGGUGAUGGCGGCGCAGGUGGCGGAAUCUCCCUCGCCGGAACUUGGUGGGAUAAAAAAGCACUAGCCAUUGCUAAAGAGGUUACUCUCUCCUUCGAUGGCGAAUUGCAAAUUUAUGCUUUUAGAACACUGGUCAACUGCACCAUUCAAGUUCGCAUUGAGAACCUUUCCAAAAAGUCUGGUUCCCCCAGCCUGGAAGAUAUUGAAGCCUUCUCUGCAACAUAUAGAGCAAAAUUGGAUGAAGCAGAACUUGCCAAAUCUGUUCCUGACAAUAUAUGUUUGGAGGUGUCUUCUCCUGGCGUUGAAAGAAUAGUUCGGAUUCCAGAUGACCUAGAUCGAUUCAAGGAACGACCAAUGUAUGUGAAAUAUGCCAUUAAUGAUGAUCUAAAUAAUCCAGCUGCAGAAGGUGAUGGUGUCUUCAGGCUUGAAUCCUUUGACAUGGAAACAAAAUGUUGUACCUGGGGUUUAGCAGAUGUAAAAGUCAACAGACAGAAAGCAGGGAAAGGAAGACCACUGAAUAAAAAGCAAAGAGAAUGGCGUUUAAGCACCCCCUUUGAUUCCUUACGUUUUGUACGGUUGCACUCUGAUAUUUAAAUAAUUUAUUUUCCCCCAAAGUUUAUGAUUAGAUUUCCAUUUUUCGUCUGUAUGUGCGUCUGUAUAUGUACAUGCAUAUAGACUGCAUGAAUAGAUAAUUAGAACAAUUAGCACAUAUACUGCUCAUGUUCUAACUAGUUCGUGUGAAAUGUAAAGCAGAAAACAAAUUAAGAGAUGCGAGUGGAUCAAGAGACAUUGGAUUGUUUCAGCUUAACCAAUGGUCUUGAAUUCGAGUUCUAGACAUGUUGUUCAAUGAGAGUUUUGUUAUCCAUAAUGAUGAUUCUAUCCAAUUCAGGUUGCCUCCUAUGGAAAAUACAUUUGGUUCAAGCAAUA